AGGCCAUGUGUUUGACAAACAUCUCACUGUAUAUAGUUGAGUGCAUAGAAUAGUUACACACUGCAACCUGUUCUUCACAUACAGAUCAACAUGAAUACCCUGUGCGUUUUCCUCGUUUGCCUGUUUGCUGUGACCGUCGUGCUGGGCGCGGACGAGUGUAAACGCGACAACGACUGUCCACAGGGAGAGUGUUGCGACUACGCCGUGUGUCACUCAACACACUGCGGCACUCCUCAGCGUUGUCAUGGCGACUUCCAGUGUCACGACACUCACUGCUGCCACAACGGACACUGCGUCGAUCGAAUCCACGGUCACUGCAUCCAUUUCGGACCAUUCGGAAUUCUGAAGAAGCGAGCUGACCAUUGCAGCCACGACGAUGACUGCCCCAACGGAGAAUGCUGUGAUUUCGGACAAUGUCAUCAUUCUCAUUGUGGAUCUUUCCAGGGCUGCACCUCAAGCCGUCAGUGUCACGACACUCACUGCUGUCAUAACGGACAGUGUGUUCACCGAUCUCACGGCUUCUGUUAGGUAAUAGGAGUACUUGGUGACAGGGACAUGGAAACUGUGAAGCAACAAUAAUGAUUGUACAAAAUGUCAAUAAUAAAAUAAGUAAAAAAUAUAUAUUAUA